AUGGCAGAACCUGCAACGAAGAAGAAGAGGAAGAUAUCAUCUUUGUUCCUAGACUGGUCUCAGCUCCCGGAAGAGCUACUGCACCUUAUCUCCAAGAAUCUGAAGGAGAACAACUGUUUCGAUGUAGUUCAUGCUCGCUCUGUUUGCACCUCGUGGCGAUCCGCGUUUCCCUUUCCUUCUUCCCUUUUACGCCCACGUUACUCUUUUCCCACUUUCAAAAGCGAAAGCGAAGACUUGUUCACCCUAGAGAAGGUCCUUUUGUUCCUCUUUAGAGUCAAAACUCCUCCUCCUGCCGCCGCUCAUGAUGUUGUGUUGCCUUGUGAGUAUUUUCUAGGAGCAAUAAGCCGAGAUGAUCAUAUGGAGCUUCUUCCAUCUCCCCUUGAGUGCUCAAUGGAAGUGGUUAUUCCAGGAGCUGUGCCAACCCUGGUGAACAUGCGUGACUGCCAGAUCAUCCCUCUGGGCCAUAAGUACAGACUGAUCGAUUGGGAAACAAGUCACGUGGCUUUUCUUCCGGUAGACAAGGAGGGAGGAGGAGAAGGAGAAUUUGUUGUGCUUCGUAGCUGCUAUACUGAUUUUAUGGUGUUUGCAAGUGUCGAAAAGAGGUGGAAGCGGCUCAAGAGGGAUGAUCAUGGUGAAUGCUCAAAUAUAGAUCGUGUACACUUUCUGGUUCCAUGUGGGGAUGAUGAACUUUUCCUGGUUGGGACAGUCAUCCCAAGUGAUGAUGGUGUAUCAGAGUUUAAUAGGCUAACCUGUAGAGUAAGCAGGCUAGAUGAGGAGGCUGGCACAUGGGUUGAGUUAAGGAGCUUCCUCAUGGUUGUGGUUUGA